AUGUCUGGUUCAAUGUCUGAUUCCAGCCAAUACAGCCAAGGCAGCCAAAGCAGCGCCCCACAGCAGCAACUUCGCCGACCUGCCUCGCCCACUCAAGACCGCCCACCACAUGAGAUUGUGCGCCCUCGCUUGGAGGAGUCAGCAACACGCGAAGCAGUUCGAGCCGCAGACCAGUUGCAGCCAGACGAGCAGCCAGCCGAGCAGCCAGCCAACGAGCGAGCCAACGCGCCAGUCAACGAGCCAGCCAGGCAAGGUGACCAGCAAGCCAAUCAGCCGCCCAACGAGGUGACCGACGAGCGAGCAGGACUCCGAGCAGAGAUCGCUGAAAUGACGAAAGCUAUUGCAGCCGACCGAAAGGAACGCCAGCGCCUCAACGAGCUUGCUGCAGCCGCCCGUAAUGCAGCCGCCCGUAAUGCAGAACAAGAACAACUGGCUCUGCAGUAUGAGGCAGACGCGCGACAGAUCCAAAUAGGACUCAACAUGGCCAACGAGCGUCUCAACCGUCUGGAAGCUCGUCUCGACUCAGCCCCAGCCCCAGCCGCAGCACAAGGCCCGGUGCUCUUGCCUGAUGACAACUCGCUUGUCAAAUUUUGGCGAGCCCUUCAAGACGACCAAGUGACCGAGCGGGUCUUUCGAUUGGAUCCUGUCACCAACCAGAUGGUCGAGGUGAAUCGUGACCCAGACCAGCCGCUUCAACCCAAUGAAACGAGGUUCUUGACGCUGCCUGACGGGGUGUUCUGGCUUGGGAACUACAAGCUGGGAUCAGUCCUUAUGGUCCGCAGCUGCUAUUAUGGACUUUUCGACGCAAUCAUCAACUCACUUGCGAAUGCUGAGCAUAAAAACAGCUGGAUCGUUACCGGCAAUCCAGGCAUCGGCAAGACCUUCUUUUCGGCAUACUUUGUGUAUCGCUUGUUCCAGCAACACCCUCAGCUGACUGUGGUUUACGAGCCUGCUCAGCCCGGAUCGGAUAUUCGAUACCGGCUGCAGCCGAACCUAACCGUCCACACAGGCAGCAUUCCGCUGCAGUCCUUUUCCGACCAGCUUUCGAAUCUGGAUCCCAGGACCUGGUACCUUGUCGAUGGCCAUCCCGCUGGCAUCUACAAUGCUUACACCCUGCUCGUUACAUCACCACGCAAGGACAUUUUGAAGGAACUUCAAAAAGACUCCAACCCCAAGAUGUUCAUGCCAGUGUGGUCGUGGGACGAGCUUCUUGCAUGUAUCCGCCAGAGGAAUGCAACUCAAGCGCGACUGCAAGCUGCCGAGGAGCGGUUUUAUCGUUGGGGUGGCAUCGCGCGUCACGUGCUCGAUGGUGGUUUGACUCUGCCUCAGUCCGAAAUACUUUUGAACCUGGCGCUUAAUGCAUGCAAUGUCAAGACUGUUCGCAAUUCCGUGGGUCAGAUUGCUGGUGAGCAAGAUAUUUCACACCGAGUCCUUCACAUCAAGGUAUUACCGGACAGUUUCGAAGCCAGCGGCCUAAUUUUCGCGUCUAACUGGGUGGUCGACAAAUUUGUGACUCGUGCGCUAAGAGAGGAACGCCAGAAGCUCCUCGCCUUUCUGCGUAGGUCUGCCUGGCAUCCAGAGCAUGCCGCGAACCGCGGACUUAUCUUUGAGAAUUAUGUUCAUCAAACGAUCAUUCAGGGCGGCAGAUUCCGAGUACGUGACUUGUCCAACGCCCAAGCGCCUGUGUCCAUUCUGACCAUUCCGCCGCUCACCCACGUCUCCUUCAACCACCUUGGCGCCGUUGAUCUCGGUGACCAGAGCCGCUACUUUCAGCCGCUCGCCAGCAAUCAUCCGGCCAUCGACGCCAUCAUCUCGCCCAACAAGUUUUUGCAGAUGACCGUCAGUCAAGACCAUCCUGUCAAAGCGCAACGAUUGAGCGAGGCCAUUCAACGAAUGCCAGCUGAUCGCGUUCCCCAACUGUACUUCGUGGUGCCCGCGGAUAUUUUCGAGACUUUUCCGGAGCAGCCAUACCACACUACCGAAGGUCGCGCGUAUCAAGAUCCUCGUCUUGUUCCUGCGAAUGUCCAGAACGCCCGGCAGUUUGCAUUGUGCAUCGAGUUCACAAUCGUCCCGAAUCAAAACCCUGCUGCUAUCGUCUGA